AUGGCCGACGGAUACAAGGGCCACAUCGAUAAGUUGGAUGUGGAGAACUAUAGAACGUGGAGUUCGAAGAUUAAGUUUCUUCUGACUUCCAAGGAUCUAUGGAACGGGGUUAAGGAUCCCGUAGCGCACCCUGCUCAAUCAAAGAAAGCGUUGUCCAUCAUUGGGCUAAACGUUGAGGACCACCAUCUGGGGUCGAUUGAGGAGUGCAAACCCGCAAAGGAGGCGUGGGAUCUCCUUGAGAAGACCUACAAGAGCAAAACCAAUGCAAGGAAGAUGCAGCUCAGGCAAGAGUUGCAUUCUCUCAAGAUGAAGUCGGGUGAGCCCGUGACCAUGUAUGUGGGUCGGGCAAAGAAUUUGUAUAGGGAUUUGGUCGCCACCGGUGUUGAGAUGAAGCCGGAUGAGUUGGCAUGGAGCGUGCUUGCGGGACUGCCCAAGACGUUCAGUAUCCUGAGAACAAUCCUAGAGGCUUCGGAGAGCGCCAUUAGCUCGGUGGAUGCGAUUCUGCCGAAGCUCUUGGUGCAUGAGCAGGGGUUUGAGGAGUCGCCUAAGGAAAAGGGCGGCGGUGGGUCGGACUCCGCAGUGGCCUAUGUGGCCGGGCAGAAAGGGAAGGAGAAAGUCCACGGCAAGGAUGAGAGCCGGGGCAAAGGGCCCACUAGUGCUAUAAUUGGGGGGAGUUUGGUCACAUUGCCCGGAAGUGCAAACGUGAUGUAUGUCCCGGGGGUGGCGGCGAAUUUGAUCUCGGUGAGCAAGGCCACCGAGGUUGCGUCAGUGUUGUUCAAGGAGAAUGGCAACUGCGAGCUUGAGGUUGACGGGGAGGUAGUCCCUGUGGCUCGGAAGGUGAAGGGGGUCUAUGUGGUCAACCGGGCGGAGAAGGAGACGUGCUUCCUUGUGAAAAAGCCGGAAACGGCGGAGUUGUGGCACCGUUGGUUGGGACACGCUGGGUACGAGAACUUGGCGAAAAUGGUGCAAGGCGACCUCGUGGAAGGGGUUGGGGUGAAACCGAGUGCGUUCAGGGCGCUUAAAACCUUGGUGUGUGAGCCCUGCAUUAUGGGGAAGCACACUAGGCUCCCGGAAUCCGACUCGGUGAGCACGGAGCCUCUUGAGGUAGUCCAUAUGGACGUUUGCGGGCCAAUGCCGGUAGCCUCGGUAGGGGGAAGCCGGUACUUUGCCACGUUCUUGGACGACUAUAGCAAACUCUCGGUUGUAGUCCCCAUGAAGCAAAAAAGCGAGGUGGCCAAGAUCACAGAGCAGGUGAUCAACCGGUUGGAGUUGCAAACGGGGAAGCAGCUCAAGUUGGUGCGGACGGACCGGGGGGAAAAGUACGUCAACAAGGCUUUUGAAGACGUUUUCGGGGGGAAGGGGACGGUCCACGAGAAAACCGCCCCCUAUAGCGCCCAGCAGAACGGGUCGGCGGAAGGGCUUAACCGGGAUCUAAAGGAGAAGACCCGGGCAAUGCUUGAGGACUUGGGGUUGGCCAAAGAACUGUGGGCGGAAGCCGUGGUGACGGCCAACUACACCCGGAACCGGACGCCCGUGAGCGCCCAUGGGAGGACUCCCUGGGAAAGCUUUCUUCAGUGA